UCCUAAAUUCUUUCGACUCCUAAACCAUUUUCUUUGAGGAUUUUCACAAACGCUUUGCUUUUGAGGCCUAUAAUUAAUGGAGAUCUCAGUUAAAUGUCCCAUUUUUGGCUGCCUAUUGCUCGUGCUCUUGCCUAUGCCAUGCUCCUCUCAAGACAACUUUGUAUACUCUAGAGCCACUUAUUAUGGCAGCCCUGAUUGCUAUGGGACACCAUCUGGGGCUUGUGGAUUUGGUGACUUUGGAAGGACUGUGAAUGAUGGCAAUGUUGCUGCAGUUUCUUAUCUCUAUAGGAAUGGUUCUGGUUGUGGUGCAUGCUACCAGGUUAGGUGCACUAAUCCAACAUAUUGCAGUGAUAGUGGAGCCUAUGUAGUGGUGACUGACCAUGGUGAAGGGGAUUACACUGACUUUAUCAUGAGCCCACGAGCCUUUGCAAAAUUAGCUCAUCCAAACACAGCCUUUGAAUUGUUCUCUUAUGGUGUGGUUGAUGUACAAUUCAGAAGGGUUUCGUGCCAAUACCCUAAUUACAACACGGUCAAGUUCAAGGUUCAUGAGCAUAGUAGGUACCCGGACUACUUGGCGAUCAUCAUCAUUUAUGUCGGUGGCCAAAACGAUAUCACCGUCGUUGAAUUGUGGCAGGAGGAUUGCAAUGAAUGGAAAGGGAUGAGGAGAUCCCAUGGAGCUGUUUGGGACAUGGCAAACCCACCUAAAGGAGACAUAAAAUUGAGGUUUCAAGUGAGUGGAAGUGUGGGAUAUGGAAGGUGGGUGAUGGUAACCAAUGCUCUCCCAAGCUAUUGGAAGGCAGGAAUUGCUUAUGAUACUAACAUUCACCUCUAUUAACCCUUUAAUUAAACAUACCUAUGUGUUGUAUUAUGCAUAUCAUAGUAUAUGUUAUUCAUAUUACUGAUGUGAACGUUUUUAUGAAAAUUCGAAUGUUGGUAUCAGUGUAAGAGAUAACGUUGUAUGAAAUAUGUGGUCCUAAUGAUGUUCUUAUCAGUGAGACCUCGAGCAUAUGUAUGAUCAUGAAAGAGAUUAGUGUAAACUUGUCGAUAUGAACAUGAGGAAGAGCAAUAAUAUGAUCUCUAUGUUUCGUGGU